AUGGCUCAGAGUACGGUGCUAAAACAAUCGGUGGCGAAGAAGAUUGUGGAGGCUCCGAUCAAGCGGCUAAAAAUCACGGUGCCUAAGUUUGACAACAGGAGCAUCAUCAAAGGGUAUUCACGCACUCUCAUUGGCAGAUGCAUGAACCCUCAGAUGCAGGAUAUGAAAGCUCUCUUGUAUAUGCCUCUGAGAAUCUGGAAACUGGAAGAUCGAGUUGCUGGAGCGGACCUUGGCAUGGGUAAAUUCCAGUUUGAUUUCGAAAAGGAGGAAGACAUCAAGGAGGUGAUGAAGAUGGAGCCUUUUCAUUUCGAUUACUGGAUGGUGUCUCUGGCGGAUGUAACAUUCGAGAGUAUUGGAAAGGCUCUCGGAAAAGUGGAAGCCGUCAAUUUGGAUGAGGGGAAGAUACAGGUUACAAUCGACGGCUUCAAACCACUGGUUCUCGAAACGACGUUUGAAUUUGAUGGCGGUGAGGAGACAACGGUUUAUUUACGAUACGAACGUCUGUUUGGUUUCUGUAAGAUCUGUCAGAGCCUAUGUCAUGACUCUCAACGUUGCCCAACUCGGAUCGGAAUGGAGGACCGCUGGAGUCGAGAGGAAUAUUCUGAUGAACCGGCGAAUUGUCAGGGACCAAUGUCUUACAAGGCAGCUGCAAAAUACGGAGGAAAUGAAGGAAAAGAGGUGCUGAAAAACAAUGGAGGAGGUACUGAUAGCAAACAGUACAAAGGGAGAUCAGAGAGGAAAUAUGUCACGGAGAAUGAGGAUUCUGAACCAGUUCAGGCAUCUCAGGUGAUCAAAGGGAGCGAUGGAAAGCAUUUGAAGCCAGGUUUGGAGGUUGGUUUGGAUAUACAUGGCACGAAGGAAAAAACAGUGAGGAAAAGCUUGUCAUUUGUGGAUGAUGACUUGCUAAGCCUCGGGUCUCAAGAUAAAGGUGAUACUGACAUGGAGGUUAUGCGAGUUCUAGGCGGGCAAGGAGAGAGUUUGGUAUCAAAUAUGGAGGUCAUAGCACAAGGAGAUACUCGAGAAACUGGCGAUGCAAUAGUCGAAUUUUGGCAACAGGUGAAUGCAGGGAUUGAACCGGGUGAGCUACAGCUCUGUAUUGAGAAUAAUCUAGGUGAAUUGGGACAAGAAGAUGGCGAAUUUUUUCAGGACCAAGACAUGGAGACACAGACGAUGGAGAAGCAAGGAAACCCACCGGCGAACACUGAGGCAGUGGAGCAGAAUAAGAUCGGUUCUCAGAUGGCGAUACUAGAGGAAAUUGCUAGGGAUUUAGCUGACCCAGCUAAAUCGGAACCCAAGAAAAGACAGAACAAAACCAAUCUCCCUUACCUGGGUGGUGGUUCUAAAAAGAGAAUGGUUCAAGCACUGGUCUCUCCGCGGAAGAAACAGGUUACUAAAUCGACAAACCGCAAUGGAGAAGGAGCACGUACGGCAGCUCCAAGAGGCCCUUCGUUUAUGAAGAAGGAGUAA